UGAAUCAUGUUAGUGUAUAAUAGCUUGAAUUUCAAGUGGCUUUAUUAUCAAAUAAAUCAGUGGGUGUACAAUAUGAUUACCUUUUAAAAUGUAUCGCUGGGUGAUGGCUGAAGUCGUCCGGUCUCCUUGAUAGCUCGAAUGAAGUGAAAAGGUCCCGCUUUGACAAAGUUAAGUUUACCCGCCGGCAGCCAACUGCUCGGAGGGGAAACUUAACGAAAGUAUGUUACAACGGGAAAUAAUACAUUUAUUGCUAACGGCGUAGCAAUAAAGGUAGGCCGUAUAUAUGCCUGAGUGUGUUUGUGUGGUCGGCUCAAGUCAAUGCACUUUUACAUUAGGGUGGUUCGACCUGUAAAUCAUUUGGUUUUGCAUGAAGGCCUAAACAAUAUGUAAAAAGUGUAGUAGGUCAGCCUUUGGCUGUUUUCCAAAACGAGUCAGUUCAACAAGUUGUAAAUUGGAAUUUCAUGGUUGUGCGCUUAAAAACUGAUAUGUUUUGGAAAACAGUCUUUCUUACGAUUAUGCGAUACCUUUUUAUGUGCAUAUAUUUUCAAAUUUAGGACUGGUGAAUGCGGUCAUUCUGGAAGCCAUAGUUUACAAAGUGUAGUGCAUAGUUCAACAACAGUGAUUGGGUUUGCUACUUCAUAGCAGCAGUGGAAAUGGAAACAUUGCUCUGCUAUUGCUACUUCUCUACUUGAAUGGAUAAGAAGCACGGCCAGAAUCGGAAAACACACGAGGACCUUUCUUGUUUUACUUGGUUCUAUGUUUCGUUGAGGCACAGAUCAGGUAGGAGAACUAAAAUAUGAACGAAGUGAUAUUUGUAGUCAGAGUAAUAGCACAUACAACAAUAUUAUGAUAGCCUCAACGAAACAUAGCACUAAUUAAAACAAGAAAGGCCUUCUUGUGUUUCCCGAUUCUGACACUGCUUCUCAUCUAUUCAAGUAGAGAAGUUGCAAUAGCUGAUCCACGUUUCCGUGCCACUGCUGCUAUGAAGUAGUGAACUCAACCACUGGUAGUUGUCAUAAUUCGCAGUAGUAACAGUUUAACAUGAAGCAAUGGAUUUGUCACCACUGUUCCUGGGAGAUACCGAAGCGCUCUCUCCACCACGCACGAGCAACACAGAUGUAGCCCUACAUAGAAAGCGCUUUCAUGUGGCACUGCCUUACGAGGAGCGCUUUGUCUCCCAGCCAACAGUAACCACCAACACGGGUGUAGCCACUACAACAACAACAAGCAACACAGGUCAACAAUUUACCUUGUCUCACCUGCUGGAGAGGCAAAAAGAAAUGUUUGAUGGCGUCAUGGCCGCCAUUGGAAGAGUUGAGUCAAAGGUGGACGGAAUAGCAAAUGCUCUGGCCGAAAAGAUGCCCAAACGCGCGGAAGUUCAAGCUCAAGGGCAGCUACUGCGAGAGUGCAAAGUGGUGACCUCGAAAGUUCGCCAAAGUAUUUCCCGAAUCAGUAAAGAAUUAGUAAAGAGCAUACUUUGCUUCAAAGUAUGCUUCCACUAUCAUCCCAGGAAAAGUUAAAUACUUUGGAGAAUCUUUUGGGAAACAAACCACACUCCGAUGCGAUGCUGAACAUAACUUUAAAAUUGAAGGGUGCUAAGGGUUGUGUGAAACACGUGUUGAGAAGCAUUUUUGCCGACACUCUACUCAUUUCAUACAAUUAUGAGUACAAAGCCAACAAAGCUCCACUUCUGGGGCUAAAAACAAUAGAAUUAGUUUUCGAUGCGUUUGUGAGUAUGCCCAAAAUUGACCUCAUUGCGGAAAUCAGAAAGCACGUGUUCCUAAGCCACAAUAGGUACAAACAAAUUGUAAUAAAAAAAA